AUCAUUUCCUUAUUUCAUCGAUUGAUUCUCCGAUUCCGUAAUAAUGUCUGACAUUUCAAAAAGUACUGAAUCUCGAAGCAAAAAAACUCGCUCAAAAUGGAAUCCAUUCCACAAAAUAGUAUCAAUUGUAACUGGAAAAAAUCAGCAAUCAACUGAAAGCUCGAAUUCCUCAGAAGGAGAUUCGCCGGCAAUUAGAUGGACGACUGCAUGCCUCAACACAACUUGUCCCAUUUUCUCAAGAAGUCCUCAAUUUAAUAUGAUCUACAGUCCGGCGCCAUCUCUGAUGAUGUAUGUGGUUGUGACACUUGCAUCGGAACACGCAAUGACACAGACAUUACAGAGACUUUUUGGAUUGACUGAUAAGGAUAUGGAAGAAAUCCGUGAAAUGUCUCAAAAGCUGUCUGAACUCGGUGCUCCUCACCAAUUCUACUGCUUCAUCAGAUUCCUAGUAGAUGAGCAACAGACAACUACCGUAAGCCGGGAGCUCAUGAUUCGGAGCAAUGACGUGGCAACUCAACAAGUUUUCUCAUCGAUCCGCCCGUCUCGUGUCAUCAAAUUUCUGAAUACACUCACUUUUCAUCCCGUUUCUGUGUCCCGGCCAGCUCUGUUCACUACAAAUGGAUACGCAUCAGCUGGAUUGAAUGCCACGUGGCAUGGAGAAGCCAAGAAAGCAGGGCUCAAUCGAUUUGCGUGUACUUUUCACAGGAAGAAGUUUGAGGAGUUUUUCGAAAUUCGCACAACUUACCGCAGAGUUCUUAUGGAUCACUUUGAGGUCAUUGAGCUCCCAUUCACUUUCGGCCCUUCAUCUACCAAUUUUGGAAGUCUUCUGAUCCUCCGCCCUCAUUUCAUUGGCAACCUUCCAUACUCGAAUCGUCAACUCACCACUGGAGCUCUUUCGAAAAUGCUCGACACCCUUUACUCAUCUGAUUGGAUCCUUGAUGGUCACCUACUUAUUCCUCAAUUUUCUGCUAGUUCUUGUCAAGAUUUGUGGAAGAAUUUGAUGAGACACGGAGUUCAACCGGAUUUGGGACAAAGUCAAAAGGCUCCGCCCAUGGCUUCAUUGUGGCACUGGGCUAGUUUGAAGGUUGGAAGUUCGGGGAUUAGUGCGAAUGUGAAGAAGAAUGGAGAGAAAUCGCAGACGACGCUCCACAAAACCUUCCACGAUCGUAUCUCCACUGACUCUCUACUGGAGAAACAUAAAUCCUAUUCUGGUCGGAUUGAUUCCCCAUUUUCCUACAUUGUGAUGGUUCAUGGCAUUCCAAUAUUCACUGGAUCUUAUUUUGGAAGCCCACCGCCAAAGUCUUCACAGGUUUUUAUUAAUGCACCGGAGAGAAUCCGCCAUCGCCGUACCAUCAUCACCAAAAAGAGACGUAACACGAAGAUUACUCGAAAACAGAGACUACUGAGAAAAGUCCGAAAAUCUGAAGAAAAAGAAAAGGAAAAGGAUAGAAAAAGAGCAAAAAAGGCUUUGAUUAAAAAUUCAAAUUUGAAGAAGAAAAGAAAGUCAAAUUCAAGUUCAUCUUCAAAUGGUACUACUGAAACUUCUUCAACAAAAUCUUCAUCAACGAGUACAAAAGUUGUAGAUGUCCCGAAAGAAAAAGUGAUUGAAAAGAGCAAAUCUAGUGGAUGGAGACGUUUGGCAAAUAGGAUUUUCCGUAGAAAACGUUAAUUGUAUAUGAUUUUUGGGUGACAUAAAUUUUUUCGAGUCGG